GCAGAAUGCGAGAGUCCGCUGUCAGGUGGGGGGUGCCAAAGAUGGCGGCUGCGGAGCGGCAGGACGAGCUGGAAAGAAAGGGAGUGAAAGAGACGGCGCGGCUGCGCCUGAGGGAGUUCGAUGUCGGAGACAAGUUCUCCCGCCUGCCGCUGGCCAAAGCCUCCGUCCUGCUGCCGCUGGUGGUGCGGGAGGGCAGGCUGCACCUGCUGCUCACCGUCCGCGCCAUGCAGCUGAGAAGAUCACCAGGCGAAGUGUGUUUUCCAGGAGGUAAAAGGGAAGCAAUCGAUAAAGAUGAAAUUGAUACUGCUCUGCGAGAAGCUAAAGAAGAAGUGGGGCUCCAGCCAGAGAAGGUGGAGGUCAUCUGUAGGCUUGUGCCUGGAAUUGAUAAAAUGAAUCACUUGGUAACACCAGUUGUAGGGUUUAUAGAGGAUACGUUCCAGGCCACUCCUAAUCCAGAUGAAGUGAGUGAUGUUUUUCUCGUGCCAUUGGAGUACUUCAUCAAGCCCUUAAAUUACAAAGCCUUGCCUUACACAACCUCAUCUGGUUACUCAAAUUGGAUGCACUGCUUUAUAUAUGAUGACCAUGAACGUAAAACGUCAUUCAAGAUAUGGGGACUUACUGCACAUUUUGCUGUAUUACUUGCUCUUAUAAUUUUUGGAAAGAGACCUACUUAUGAAGUUGAUUAUGAUCUUGACAACUUAAUUUCAUCUGCUGAGAAUAACUUCAUGAACUUAUAUGCAGCCGUAUAUGAAAGAAAGAAGAGUAAUUUAUGACAAAUUGGUCUGGCAAUUAAUUUAUAUUAAAGGAGGAAAAAGGGUUUUGUUUAUUCCCUUUGUAGCUAUUGUUUGUUUGAUUGAAUUUCACACUUGAAUUUCUUCUGAAUUGGCAACCUAUUAAAAUUUAUUUUUAAAUAAUCUUUUUAGUUUGACAAGCCCUAACUAUAUUCACACUAUUUUUAAUCUGUUUGAGAGUUGCCAAAAGCAUAGGGUAUUUUUGAUGGCCUUAAUGUACAGAUUUGGAAGAACCUUUUUCAGUUUCUGCUAUUAUUUUGUGUGGUUUCCCUUCUCUAUAAUGAGAUAAUACUAUUUUAUCUAAUUUUUGUCUGUUUGAAUUAGAAUGUGAGAUUUUUUGGGGAUCUGUCUCUUACUGUGUGAUACACUGUAUAUGGACAACAUAAUGCUUAGAGUCUUGUGUGGUAUCUUUAAGCAUUUACAAAAUGCACAAUAAAAUAUAAAAGGUAG